UAUCAUUAGUAUGAUAGGUAUAUGAAAAAUAAGAAUAUUUAUGUUUAUUUGAUAAUUACGGGUGAGAUGUUACGUUGCGCAUCUCGAGUGUUUUUUGUUUACCCAUGAGCCCACGUAUGACGUUGCUGUGCGGUUGAGGCCUCGUGUGUAAAUCCACUUCGCAGGGAAUAUUUGUGUUGCCGACCUUUCACAGAAGUGGCAGUUAUUGGGCACAAGUCUUUACACUCAUGAAGUCAGUGUUAUGUCCAAUGGGCUGUGGAUUGGAUUUGUGCCGUAACUGAGAUUAUACGUGACGGUAACUACUGGGAAUCAUGGAUUGUGAUAGUGUGGCCAUUGAAGUUGAAACUUUGCUCCAAUAAAAGACUGUUGCAGCUGAUGGCUUUUCCUUGAUCUCCCAGUACAUUUCAACUUCAUCGCCAUGGGUGUGCAAGGGGACCUCAACGCCCUCAAGAAACAGAGGGGAACUGCUAAAGGAAAGUUCACCAGGAAGGUAACUUUAUGUAAAGAAGGAAUAGACAGAGGUGAUGAUGUAUUAGUGUUGAAGACUAAUUAUGAGGAAGUAAUAGAGACAUUUAAGUGUUUAGAGUGUAAGAAUGAUGAACUGAUACAAUUUAUAUCUGAUAAUGAGGAUAAAUUAGAAGAUAAAAACCUGGGAAAAGAGGCUGAACAAUAUAUUUUAGAUAGUGAAAGAUUAAAGAAUGAAUUGUGUGCUAAGAUAUUCAUGACAAAUAAUGAGAAGAAGGCAAAAGACAAACCAAAGGUUAAGGUAAAGAGAUUUGAACCUCCCAAGUUUGAAGGUAAUUUAAGAGAGUAUCCUACAUUUAAAGAGGAUUAUAAGAACUUGGUUCAAAGUGAAUAUGGUGCUGAUCCAUACGCACUCAAAAUGUGUUUAGGUGGGGAGGCACUCCAGACAAUAAAGGGCUCGGAGGGUAAUUAUGAUGAAAUGUUUAAGCGGUUGGAUGACAAAUUUGGUAACCCAAGAAAAAUUGUAGACUUGGUGAUAAGUGAUCUCAAAUCUCUGAGGAAGAUAUCAGAUGGUGAUACUAAAGGGUUUGUUAAAAUGGUUGAUCAGGUUGAACAAUGUUGGUUAGAUUUAAAAAGGGUAAAUCUAUCUGAUGAACUAAAUACAGCUAAUGUUGUUAGCCAUAUUGAGAAAAUUCUGCCUUCACUCCAAAAAAGAGAAUGGGUAAUUAAAGCAAGUGAUAUCUCGUCACGGGGGAAAAUUUGUUUUCUGCGCUAUUAG